AUGAAGUUCUCCAUGGUCCCCUCGUUGCUUCUUCCCCUGCUGGCGGCUGCUGCCCCAACCGCUCCGCAGAACCCUCCUUUCGGAGUCAUGUCCGCUCGCUCUGCUUCCCCCAUUCACCUCCUCCCCAUGACUGCUUCCGGCCAGAAGUUCUACCUUGGCGGAGAGACCUCCUCCUACUGCCCCCUCACUAACGGCUGCCCUCCCGGCAAACAGACCGUUUUCGCCCCUGGCGGCUAUGGCUUGAGCGUUGUGGUCCCUGGCGGCCAGCAGGUCUAUGUUGACCCCAACGGCGCUCUGUCCUUCACCCAGGCCCACUCCGCCUAUAUCCCCGAGGGCUCCGCUGUGGGCCCCUUCAACUACAAGCCCGGCGAGGAUUGGGGCUACUACACCUUCAACGGCUGGGGUGCUUCCGGCUUCAUGGCUUGUCCCACUGAGGACCAGCGCUGGCAGGUGUUUGCCGCUGUCCAGAACGCCACUGUUCCCAAGGGUAACGUGGAUGAAUGCCUUGGCUUCAAUGCCCUGGCUCCCAAUGCUACAGCCCCUGGUGCUUGGCAGUACGCCUAA